AUGAUCAACAACAUCAAUCCCACAACUACUGAGAAUGUUCCCGUUCAUUCCAAUAUCAAAAUUAAAAUUGAACAAGACCUCUUUAUCACUGGCUAAUUCAUGUCUCUUAGUGCACUCCAAGCAGCAGAAACUUUGGAUAAACCUAAUCAACUAUCUGACUCCUAAGAGUUAAAUGCUACUGAAAGAGUUUAGAGACCAAUUAACAAUAAUGAUGUAGUCUUCUUUGAUAUCACAGUGAAUAACUAGUACUAUGGACGCAUUACAUUUGAAUUAUAUGCUGAAACUCCAAAGACCUCAACUAAUUUCAAAGCGCUCUGCACUGGUGAGAUGGGAGUUUCUUUGAACUCUGGAAAACCUUUACAUUAUAAAGGAUCCAAGUUUCACAAACUUUAUACUGAUUACAUCAUUUAGGGAGGAGAUUUCACUAGAGGAGAUGGCAGAGGUGGUGAGUCUAUCUAUCAAGGAAAUUAUUUUGAGGAUGAAAAUUUCUACUUUGACCAUUCAGGACCAGGUACCCUUGCAAUGGUAAAUUGCAUAGGGAAAGAAAACACUAAUACCUCUUAAUUCUUCAUUAGUUUGAGUCCAGAACCACUCACUCAUUUGAAUGGUAAGAAUGUAGUUUUUGGUAGAGUCAAAAGUGGUAGAGAGAUGCUAAUAGAGCUUAAUAAACUAGGUGAUCCUGAUUCAGGUGUUCCCAAAGCAGAAAUUGUUAUUUCUGAUUGCGGGCUUUGUGAGAAACCUUAGCCAAAAGUUAUUGAGACAGAAUGCAAGGAAGAUCAGAAGUUAUCUGAAUUGAUGAUUACUGAUUUCAAGACUUAGAUAGAAAUAUAAGAAAAGCUCCAUUAAGCUGCUUAGAGUUUGAUUAAUAGCGGUAUUAUAAAGUAAGAACAAUUUAUGGACAUUGAUGAGAGUUGCAAUGAUGCCUCAAGAGAUACACAAGAUUCAUAGAUGCAGUGA